AUGCCGAGAAGCGCGCUUAUCAUACACUGGCUGACAGUGGCCCUGGGCAUGGCUCAAGGGCCAUGGACAGCAGCGGGCAUGGGACGCUUUCAGACGGCGGUGCCGCCCCCGCCACGCUGGGGUGCAAACAUGCAAAUGCUGCGCCGGCACAACAGUGCCGCAUUCGACUUUUGGACGGAGAACAGCGCGAGCAACAUUUGGGAGCACUGCGGCCUCUUUGAGGGUGACAUCAUGCUGCAUCGUGAACUGCUGCGCAAUGGGCUGCUGAAUGAACGUCAGACUUGGCCGGAUGCCGCCGUGCCGUUCUACAUAGAUCCGGAGGACUUCACGGCCAACCAGACGAUGGUUAUACUGAAGGCAUUCAAGGAAUAUCACGAACGCAGCUGCAUACGCUUCCGGCCAUAUAAGAAGGGCGACAAGCACUGGCUGCUGAUCAAGGGCAACUAUUCCGGCUGCUGGUCGAGCGUCGGCCGACGUCAGGGCGGCCAAAUACUCAAUCUCAAUACGCCCAAAUGUGUCACGCACGGUGUUGUUGUCCAUGAGCUGCUGCACGCGCUGGGCUUCUACCAUCAACAGAGCGCCACCGAGCGCGACGAGUAUGUUAAGAUCAACUGGGAGAACAUCUUGGAUGGCCAUGCGCACAACUUCAACAAGUACGCCCGCACGCACAUCACCAACUUUGGUGUGGAGUACGACUACCAGAGCGUUAUGCACUAUAGCUCCCUGGCAUUCAGCAAGAAUGGAAAAGCCACCAUUGAGCCACUGGAUCCGUAUGCCUCACUGGGCCAGCGGCGCGGCCUGUCCGAUAAAGAUAUUUCGAAACUAAACGAGAUGUACGAGCAGGACUGUAAUGGUAGCUACCUUUUGGGCUUUGAUGGUUUUAGCAGCUAUCUGGACGAGCUGCUCGACUACUUUCAAGGCAAUUUGGAAGGUCUGUUUGGCUAGACGAGGAUUAAGAUUUAU